AUCUCGAAGCAUUCUUGCCUGAUAUGCUCUAGCUAGCUGUCAAGGAGAGUUUAGAUCGUGAAGGGUUGGAAAGUGUAGAGGAGUAGUUUUAUUAGUAUUUACUGAGCUGGGAAGAGGGAGUUUGGAGCGUGUUGGCAUGUGAAAUAAUGUAAACAGACGUGAGAUAUUGUCUGCUGCCGCCGCCUCUUACCUAUGGAUGUUUGCAGCUUAGUACCCAGGGAGUUGCGAUAAAAAAUAAACUUUUGAAAAUGGAAUUAGGUCCCCCAGAUGUGAUGCAGCGCAGGGGAGCGCUGACUUUGCGCUCCAACUUUGCCCACUAUGGGAGACCCACCUUUGUGUACCUCUGGCACCAAAACAGAGAGGCUGAACCAAAGGAUUAUGAUAUACAUGAAAUUCCUUCGGGGUCUAAAAAUUUGUGUCGCUCUACCUAUUGGAGACUUGGAACUAUAAAUGAGAAAUGGAAAACCACAUAUCAAGAUUAUAUGUCACAGCCCUUUAGACUUAAAGAAUUUAAGGAAUUAAACAUUAAGAAGCCCCUGUUGGAUGAAGAUAAUUUUGAAGAUGCAGUUAUUAGCAGGGAGACAGGGCUUCCUGACACAGGUGCUGGAUCAAUAUUGCCACGUUACUCUCCAGAUCAUUUUACAAUGUUUCUUGACACAAUUUAUCAAAGAGACUACGUUGCACCAUAUGACUAUACUACAUAUGUUACUGCUCACUUAGGAGGAUAUUCUGUGAUUCACAGAAAAUGUCAUUCUCAGUUUACUGAUACAGCAGACUACAGAAGACAUGGUAUCAACACAUGGCAGGAUGAGAGUGGAAUAUACGCCAAUUCAGAUCUCAGGCAAAAAGUUCUUCCUGCAACUAGCCCAAUAUUGUCAAAUGUGAAUGAAGAUACUUAUUAAGUGCUCAUUACUUACAUGAAAUGUAUCUGUAUAUCUUGGUGAGGUUUUUGUGAAAUUCAUCUGCUAAAUAAAUAAGUCUCAAGCA